AUGUCUAGCAUCGGCCCUGUCCUUGUUACCGGCGGCAAUGGCUUCAUAGCCUACCAUAUCAUCGCCAAAAUCCUCGAGGAGGAGCCCGACUGCAACAUCCACUCAAUCGAUGUAAACAUCGACCGCAACCGCCAUCCCAACCCGAACGUGCACUACCACCAUGGUGAUUUGGCCUGUACCAAUGACGUGCAGCGCAUCAUGCAGAUCGCGCGCCCUGUGACCAUCUUCCAUACUGCAUCUCCCGAGUUCUCCGACGCCCCGGAGUCAGCUUAUCACCGCAUCAUCGUUGAGGGCGCCCACCACCUCCUAGAUGCGGCUGUGAAGGUGAACACCGUGCGAGCCCUAAUCAACACUUCAACCUCGGGCGUUAUCAACGACAACCACACUGAUCUCAUUGAUGCCACAGAGGAAAUGCCAAUAUUGCGCCCGCCGCGCCAGAAGCGACUCUACUGCAUCGCUAAAGCAUAUGCAGAAGACGCCAUCCAAGCUGCCAACCGCAAUGGCGGCCAGGAUGAUCGGGGCAUCCUGACCUGCGCGAUCCGACCCUGCCUGGUAUUUGGCGAACGCGACGUCGGCACCUUGGGCAAGAUGUUCGCCGUCGCGCGCCAAGGCAAGUCCCGGUUCCAGAUUGGUAAUGGGCAGAACCCUUACGAUUGCAUCUACGUGGGAAAUCUGGCAGAUGCACACCUCCUAGCCGCUCGUGCCCUUCUCAAAGCCUGGGGCAAGCCUCCCCCGGCAGACGCAUCUACCCGUGUCGAUGGUGAAUGCUUCCAUAUCACGAAUGAAGACCGCUGGCUCUUUUGGGACUUCCAGCGGGCGGUUUCCGCCCUCUCGGGCAACCCAAUCCGGCGGGAGGAUAUUGUGGUUAUCCCGAAGUGGGUCGGACUGACGCUCGGGUUCGUCAAUGAGUGGGUUGCCUGGAUAGUUUCCGGCGGUACAAAACCUGCCAAUAUGACCCGUGAGGGUAUACGCUUUAGUACCCUUAUCCGCACGCUGAAUGGAAACAAGGCCAAAAGGGUGCUUGGGUAUCGCCCUAAGGUGGGCAUGGAGGAAGGCCUUGAGCGGAGUGUGCGUUGGUUCAUGGAGAAUGCAGAAAAAGAUCAUUCAUGA